GAACAACUAACACAUGAAGAACAAGUACUUAUAGAAGAGAAACCAGAAGAAAGAGAACUACCGACUAUGGAAAGUACCAUAAAAGAAGGGCGCGAUGUAGCAAUUAAGAAAAGAAGUCUGGAAAACCUCGACA